AUGAACGCGGAUCAGUUCAAGGAAGCCGGCAAAGCCACUAUUGAACAGAGUCCGACGCUCGGGGGAGGCGUAAUCCAGGGGACCGCGUCCGAGGCUACCCUCACAGUCAUGGUGGCAGCCAGAGACAAGUAUCUGCGCGAGACGCUGCCCACCGAUCUCUCGGAGGAGGACCUUGAGGAGGCAACGAUCCGGAAAAGGGGUAAGCUGGUUGCGCUCGGUAGUGCGGCGGCUCAUAGCGCCACCAAAAAGGCUGCAAAGAUCCUCGGUGUGCGCUUCAUGCCCGUUCCGGUGCGAGCUGAGGACAAGUACGCCAUGACGGGCGCUGGGCUCGCUGCCGUUCUGGAGACCUGUCGAACAAAAGGGCUCGAGCCGUUCUACCUGACGACGACAUUAGGCACGACAGACACGUGCGCCGUAGACGACUUCGGUGGGAUCAUCACCACCCUAUCAGACGAUUCUCUCACAAGCCACCCCCUAGGCAAGCCGGGCGAGAUUUGGGUGCAUGUAGACGCUGCCUACGCCGGCGCAGCCCUUGUCACCCCGGAGGCCCAAGAGGCUGUCGGCAUCUCGCACCUGGCAUCUUUCCACUCGUUCGACAUGAACAUGCACAAGUGGCUGCUCACCAACUUCGACGCCUCGACACUCUUCGUGCGCGACCGGAUGUGGCUCGUCGAGGCGCUGUCCGCAGACCUGCACAUCCUGCGCAACACGUACAGCGACGGCGGGCUGGUCACGGACUACCGCAACUGGCAGAUCCCGCUGGGUCGCCGGUUCCGCAGCCUCAAGAUCUGGUUCGUGCUGCGCAGCUACGGCGUGAAGGGCUUGCAGGCGUAUAUUCGGCGCACGACCAAGAAUGGGGAGCUGUUUGCGGAGCUGCUUGGGUCCCGGCCUGACCUGUUUGAAAUUUUGACGGGCCCGAGAUUUGCGCUCACAGUGUUCCGGAUGGUGGGACGCUCGGCAGGGGCAGAUACGGAGGAGAAGAAUGCGUGCACGAAGGAGUUGUGCGAGACUGUUAAUGCCAGUGGGAAGAUUUGGAUUACGGGUACGAUGCUCGAUGGUCAGUUCGCGAUCCGUGUGAUGACAGCGAACCAGUUAACGGAGGAAGAGCACGUCAGAAAGGGCUUUCAAGUUAUCGUGGAGACUGCCGAGAUGAUCUUGAAGAGCAAAUGA